AUGCUGAUCGCAAAGUGUAAUCGUGCCGGGAAACCGUGCGUAUGCGCUACUCAAAUGCUUGAAUCAAUGACGAAAAAACCACGCCCUACUCGAGCCGAAGCAAGUGAUGUCGCUAAUGCUGUUCUUGACGGAGCAGAUUGUGUUAUGCUAUCGGGAGAAACGGCUAAAGGCGACUAUCCUCUCGAUACGGUCAAAACCAUGCACUUCAUAUGCAAGGACGCUGAGGCUUCGACAUUCCACAGUGCUUACAUGAACGACGUUCUCAAGGAAACAGUAACGCCUCUGGACGCAUGCAACACCAUUGCUGCUUCAGCUGUUAUUGCAGCACUCAACUGUCAUGCAGCGGCCAUCAUUCUCGUUACAUCUAGCGGAAAAACCGCCAUUUCUUGCUCUCGCUACAAAACUCCUUUCCCUAUUGUGGCGGUGUGCCGUCACGCCGAUGUCUGCCGACAGCUGAACAUCUGCAGGUGA